AUGCACGCGCAAGUGACGAACCCUUUCUUCGCCAUUUACUAUCCUGUUUUGGGCGCUGUCGGAGUUCCAGGUAAUUUGGCGACGAUUGUGAUAAUGUACCGCGGAAGGUGCGGUCUCUCCCGCUGCAUCACUUGGUACCUACUGUCGAUGGCGCUGACCGAUCUUCUUGUCCUCAUCAUGGCGGUGCUAUUGAACCGGAUCACUAACAUUUAUUUCCCUGCCUCUUUCCUCUCCAUCACUCCAGUCUGUUGCCUUAAAAUCGCUCUAUCGAACGGAGCCAGGGACAGCUCCGUCUGGUUAACGGUCGCGUUCACCUUCAAUAGAUUUAUAGUCAUUUGUUACCAAAAGCUGAAACAUAAAUACUGCACGGAUAAAAUGGUGGCUGCUGUAAUAGUGACAGUCUGCGUCGUGAGCUUUUUGAAAAACAUACCGUUUUAUUUCGUGUAUGGCCCUUUAUAUAUACAUGACGGUGUACCCUGGAAGUGCAUCGCCAGGGAAAGGUACUAUACUGAUCCUUUAUGGAGAUUGUUUGAUACUGCCGACCAUAUUAUCAAUCCAUGUAUCCCCUUCGUCCUGUUGUUACUGCUCAACGUUCUGACCGUCAGGGAUAUCCUGGCGGCCAACAGAGCCCGCAAGAGGCUCCGGGUCCAGAGCCAUGGGGAGAAUGAGAGCGACCCCGAGAUGGAAAACCGGAAGAAAUCCAUCAUUUUGCUCUUCAGUAUUUCAGGAAGUUUCAUCGUGCUUUGGACCACGCAUGUUGUCAAUUUCUUGUACGUGCAAUUUUCGAAAACCGACUAUGCAUCAGGGUCGAUUCUGCAAGAAAGCGGGAACGCGUUGCUGCUUCUGAGCUGUUGCACCAACACGUGUAUUUAUGCGGGAACUCAGAAGAAAUUCAGAGAAGAAUUCAGAAAUGCAAUAACAUACCCAUUGAGAGUGAUUAAAGUACUGAAGAGAUGA